AGUUGGUAACUUGAGAAAAACCUGUCAGACACAAGUAUCAGUCGCUGACUCCCUACACUCUAUCAGUAUCAGCUGAUUGAUCCUGUGUUCAGUUUCGAUGUCCAGUGCGAUGCUUAUUCCGACACUCGGUCGUUUUAUCGUCAAAAUCUGUCAGUGAUGGUAUAGAAAUUGAGGCUAGUGGGAGGGAUUGAGUUUUAGAGGCAGCCUCCCUUGCGGAUAGUGGCCGAAUGUGUCGCGCGAACAAUAUCGAAUUUAUUAAUUCAAUUAGUGGCGAUCGGCCCAAAACGAUACAUUUUAGAAUAUGUGAGACAAAGUUUAGCCAUAAAUUCGCUGUCGAUCUUUACGGUCCAUUAUGUCGGCAAUAACAGAAAGGGGUGUCCUCAGAUGGAAAGAAUGGAUGCCCCUAGUCACUCAGCAGCAAAGGUUGAGGAGUUUAAUACAAGUCAUUGCGUACAACAUACAAGUCAAAGAUGACAUACUCUCAAAACACAAAGUCAAGAAGCUGUCGUACUAUUUCACGCUUCACCUCUCGACGAUGUCAGCUCCAGUGUAUACGAGUGAGAAGUUGGAAAGCGAGAAUCCCAAGUGGUGCGAAGUCAACAUAGGCCAACAAUACGGGGCAGCCACUGGUGUAGUUAUAAGACUAUGGGUGAGUAUCAAUGGAGAAGCUGAUUAUGAAGUUACAGUUUGGGGGCUGUUUUUCAGUGGUCUCAUGUACUUGGGUCCAAGAGUUCUGAAUACAGAUCCCAGCGCUUUGGGAUCAAAUUCAUUGAUUUUUCAUAUGUACGGUGGAUAUUUCACUUCCCCUCAUUGCUUUUUAAAUCCUCAUCCAGUCACACCUAGAACGUUGACUAUUCAGAUGAAUGCGUCUCAUACUAAGCCUAGUUAUAAUGUCAAUUCAUUGUUAAGGUUGCAGACACUCCAACAAGCAAUAAAAAAACAGACGACGGCCACUGCAGUGCUACGAGAACGUAUCUCGUCUGGUUGUGCCAUUAACUCAGAAGAGGAUUCUUUGAUUAAAGGAAGUGCUGCUUUGAGAAAACUACUCGGCAAACCGGUCACCCCCAAGGUGAACCCAGAUAAAAUAUUAGCAAUCAAGAUGCAAAUUGAAAUGAAGAAGUUCCGAAUACAAAUGCUCGUCGAAGAGAAGGACCGUAAAGCGGCACUUGUACAAAAAUUGGCUGUCAUCAAAGAUAUGCUUGCAGAAAAGAAUCAAGAUAGAGACACUGAACUCAUGGAUAGAUAUUUCAUGUUAAGGAAAAACAUUGAAAAAAGAAAGGAGUUCAGACAGCAGCUAAUAGAAACAAGAACACAUUUGGCACAAACAGCAGCUCUCUUAGACAAAAGAAAAAAAACAUUAAUGUCACAACUAUCUUUGAUUUACCCAAUUAUUCAGUCGCCAAAUGGGAACUACACUAUUAGAGAAGUGCAUUUGCCAGACUCUGAAGAUUUCGAUGGCAAAGAUGAAUUGAUGAUUUCUGUAGCUCUUGGCUUUGUGACCCACCUCGUCCAAAUGAUGUCUUUCUUUCUCAAUGUUCCCACAAGGUACCCGAUGGUCCAUUUUGGCUCGAGAAGCAAAAUUAUCGACCACAUAUCCGAAAACAUUUCCGAUAAGGACCGAGAAUUUCCACUUUAUGCGAGAGGAAAGGAGAAACACCUGUUUGACUACGGUGUUUACUUGUUGAACAAAAAUAUAGCUCAGUUGAGAUGGUGUUGUGGAAUCACGACUACGGAUCUCAGGCCUACUCUCCUCAACCUGUCCGCUCUUAUGAAUUUAACCACUAAACAAAAUGAAAUUGGCUCAAUAAUGAGAGAAUGGAACAGAACUAGGACCGAAGAGAAACAUCCUUCCUUGAGCAAUUCAUUAGAUAGAGGGCUUGAUUGUGUGACUGAUACACCUUCCGAUCCGAACGGUUCUGACUGUCACGAGUACGUUGAAAAGCAAAGAGUAAGAUAUGAGUCAGCACCCGUUCACGAUUUGGCCAGCUUAAUGUCACUCGACAUAACAUGUAAAUCGUAUGACAAUAUUAACGGAUCUCAUGCGAUUCAAAGUUACAAUAAGGACCAACCGAUGACGGUCCCAAAUGAAGAUUUGUUAACCAGAGAAUAAUACCUUUGACUUUGUUCAUCUCAAAAUUUUGCCUAGUGUAUUAUAUGUAAAUAUUAUUUAAACAUGUACGAUAAUAUUGAACAGGUAAUAAUCACUCAUAAAGAGAAGAGGAUUUAAAUUAGGAAAAGUGUGUAAUAUUCCUUUCCAGCCAUUUGCCAGAAAAUAAUUUUGAUAUGUAAAUAUGUUUAUAUUGUACAACCAAACUGUAUAUAAGACUUCGUUAUAUUAUACAAAUAUAUUUAUUAAAAACCUGGUAAUACCUUUA